AUGAGCGUACUCGUUUCUCCGGCUCGGCCGCAAGCAAGCAGCUCAUCUGCCGCUGCACUCGGCUCCUCCACAGACUCCUCCAUCAGGCCUGGAGCCAUAUUGCACAACGAUGCAUCGCAGCAAACCCAAUCACAGCAACACGACUUGUGGUCUAGCAUCCUCAACAGCGUCAAGAGCUCCAAGGCCAUCUCGACCAAGAACGUCGUCCUCCUCGGCGAGCCCAAAUCCGGCAAGACCUCGCUACUCUCUGCGCUCGCUUCCACUUCGCCGCACGGUCUUGUCAGCGGCACGUCAUCUUUCUCAUCCACAACGCCCGCGCAAACCGCAGCUUCAACGGCAUCGACAACCUCGAAGCUCACCACGACAGCCGAAGAUCUAGGUCUGGCGUAUGCCUACUUCGAUGUCGGCGAUGAAAAGGACGGGGACGAGAUCGUCGCUCGCGUUGGCGCCUAUACCCUGCACUCGUCAGAGCCCGCCUACACCUCGCUCCUGCCGUUUGCAUUCCCCGAACCCAACUCCAGCUCGAGCGAACGCGAAACUUCCGGUAUCAUGGCAUCGCUCGCCUCGGCCACUAUGUCGUCUUCUGCUGCCAUCACUGCCAGCUCGAACAGCGGCACCUUUUCGACCAAGCCUUCCAUCGAUUCGCUCAGAGAUUCCGUUGUCGUCAUCGUGCUCGACUGGGAACAGCCAUGGACCUUUUUGGAACAGCUGCGCAACUGGCUCAGCAUUCUCAACGAGCUCGUGGAUGUGGCUGCCGACGGUGCGGUUACGGCACAACAAGACCGCGAUGCAAAGUGGAGUUCGACUCGCGCUGCGUUGGACGAGAUGAAGGAGCAGCUCGAGGCGUACAUUAGGGCAUAUGUCGAGCCCUCCCAGAAGGUCUCCGAGUCGAGCGCCACGCCCACUCCAGUCAAUCAAACAAACGGCUCCUCAGCAGCGCAGAAACCCUCGGCCAGCUCAGACGCAUUCGCAACCCCCGUCACCACCGUCAGCGGGCUGCUCGACGCAGCAGACGCCAGCCCUCUUGCCGAAGGCACCCUCACCGACAACCUCGGCAUCCCCAUCGUCGUUGUCUGCACCAAAUCCGACGCCAUUCCCCGUCUCGAGCGCGACAAGCAGUUCAAAGAGGAACAGUUCGACUACAUCCAACAGGUGCUCCGAAUCGUCUGCAUGAGGUACGGCGCCGCUCUCUUCUACACUUCGUCGAUGCGUGCUCAGUCGAUCGAUAUUCUGCGAGGUUAUCUGUUGCACAGGUUGUUUACGCCGAUGCAGGCUCAAGCUGAUGGCAGCGGUGGAGCAGGGGCGGUGUUUGGGUUCGCGUAUAGGGCUUCGACAACAGAUCGCGAUACGUUGCUUGUUCCGGCGGGCUGGGAUAGUUGGGGGAAAAUCAGGGCGUUGAGGGAGACGUUUGAUUGUGCGGGGAUGGCGAAGGGGUGGGAGAAUGAUUGUGAGAUCGAGCGAUUGAGGCGGACGCGGAAACUCGCGAGGACGAAAGAGGUGGAUGAGGAGUUGGAGAAGGAGAUGAGGAUGGAAGGCGGGGAUGGGGAGGAGGUGCAGUCGGCGAUGAAGCUGUACGAGGACAUCGUGUCGGAUUGGGAGGCGGUGGUGGGAGGGAAGGAUGUGGGGAGCAAGGUGAGGGUUCCGGAUGAACAGGCGUUUUUCGGUGCACACCAUGCGACGUUGCAGAAGGAUCCCGAUGCCAGGUCUAGGUUCAGCAAGAGGGCGGUGGUGGGUCCGAUGACGGGUUCGAGCGCGGGGUUGCCGAGUGUGGAAAAGCUGAUGGAGAGGGAGGCGAGGUCGGACGGUCCAGCAGCGGGUCAGGUUGAAGCUCCGAGAUCAAGACCGGAUGUGUCGAGGAGGGAAUCGACUUCGGCUGCCGCUGCUGCUGCCGUUGCUGCAAUGACGGGUGGUGGCGCACAGGGAGGUAGUCGUCCGACCAGUCCUGCGGUGGGCUCGGGUGCCACGUCGCCAGGUGCACCAAAGCAGAGCGAGGUCCUGCACAGCUUCUUCCAGUCGCUGUUGAAGGAUAAGGCGGGAGGUGGAGUGGGGAGUCCCAAGGUGGACAGGAAGCGGGAAACGGGCAGGAGGGCGGAUGCGAAGUAG